AUGCACGGAAAAGUUACUUGUUUGGAUUCUAAAGAAGAUGAAAUAUUAGCUUUACCACUUGACGAUAUAUCUCAAUCUUCCGAUUUAAAUAUUUCAACCUCUCCUUUAAAAGAAAAUUUAAAUACAGAUGCAGAUAUACUCGGAAGAAGAAUUGUCAACAUUUCGCAUUUAUUUAAUGCAAUUAAACUGAUCGAUAAUCAUGAAUCUUUCGACUGUAGUUUUAAAGAUAUGCGAAUUAUUAAAGAAAUUAAAUAUGGUUUUAAAUCCACUUUUGUAUUUAAAUGUAAUAUGUGUAACACUAUAAGCAAAAUAUUAACGGAAGAUGAAAAUUUGAUGUCAAUAAAUACAGCAGCCGUAGCUGGAAUCAUAAACAUUGGUUGCGGUUUUAGUCAUUUUCAAGACAUUACAUGUGCGUUAGAAGUACCGACUAUAAACUAUGGAACAUAUAAUACAGAACACAAAACCGUAUGUCAAGGUUAUGAAUUAGCAGCAAUAAAAGCUAUGGACGAUGCUGCUAAGAUUGAGGCUGAAUUGGCAAUACAAGCUGGAGACAUCGAUACAAAUGGAACCCCAUUAGUAGCAGUUGUAGCAGAUGGAAGUUGGUGUAAGAGGUCUUACAAAACAAUGUAUAAUUCUCCAUCAGGAAUGAUAAGAUAUUCAUUAUUGUCAUAUAAAUUCGAUAGUAUCUUUAAUUUUGUUUAG